UGCUCCGGCGGCGGAAGUGACGGCGCGCAGCGGAGCCCCGCGGCCUCCGCUGACAUUUUCUCUGGCGUCGGGGGCGCGGCGGAGACCCGGCUCCUCCCGGCCGCCCAUGCUCCAGCUGCUUCCCCCCGGGGGGGAGGCCAGGAGGGGCCUUCGCCGUCCAGAAGAGCUGAAGUCAGGCAGUCCCAGCUGUGCAGCUUCCGCAGGGAAACACUGCCUUUGUGGAGUGAAGGAGUUUGUAGCAGCCGUCGAGGAGAACAGUGAGUUUAUGUGGAGUUCAGAUCCCAGAGCUGAGCUGCUAUGACACUGGAAUCUGCUGCAACAAAAAUUGCUGCAUUUGACUCUGCAAAUUGAGAACUAGAAAAUGACUUCGACAAACGGGCAAUUCUGAGCAUAAAGAAAACCUGAAAGAUGUAAAUAAAAAUAUCCGAUCAGCCCGAGUAGAGUCGGUGCAGUAUAGGAAUUUCUCCACGGAUGUGACUUUGUUUCUGCUGCUCAGGCACGUGUUGAUUACUCAUUCAGGACUGAAAUGAGAUGCAGCUCAGCACUGAGGUGUUGCUGUUACACCAUUGCAGAUGCGUUACUGAAAGCGCAGAGAGGUCAAGUAACGUGCUCAUGGUCGUGUGGCUGCUGUACUGCUGAAAACCGUAACUAGCUGACCCCAUCUUCCAGUCUGCGUGCUCCAUGCUUUGAGACCGGGAGGACCUUGAUGUUUUGAAAUGAAGAUGGAGGCAGUGGGAAAAGCAGAAGAACUUUUGGAUUCAGAAGUUCCACCAAAGGCUUCUGAGAAGCAAGAGACAGCUCCUGAUGAAGAUGGACCUAUAGAACUGGAGACACAUACUCAGAAAGACAGCGUGCCCACUGCAUCAGACUCGGCAGUGCUCUCUUCGAUGCCUUGCUUACUGAUGGAACUGAGGCGAGACUCCUCGGAGUCUCAGCUAGCAUCCACCGAGAGUGACAAGCCAACGGGUGGUCGAGUUUAUGAGAGUGACUCUUCUAAUCAUUGCAUGCUUUCUCCUUCUUCCAGUGGGCAUUUGGCUGACUCAGAUACGUUGUCUUCCACGGAAGAGAACGAGCCCUGUCAAGCUGAAGCUGCUGUGGAGGGGGACCCUUCUGGGGUCUCCGGGGCUGCAGCUGGGAGGAAAUCCAGGCGAUCCAGGUCCGAAAGUGAAACUUCAACAAUGGCUGCCAAGAAAAACCGACAGUCUGUCGAUAAGCAGAAUGGUCGAGUUACCAAGGUAAAAGGUCACCGAAGCCAAAAGCACAAAGAAAGAAUCCGGCUGUUAAGGCAGAAACGGGAGGCAGCUGCUCGCAAGAAGUACAACCUGCUGCAGGACAGCAGUACCAGCGAUAGUGACCUGACGUGUGACUCGAGCACGAGUUCAUCAGAUGAUGAUGAAGAGGUUUCAGGGAGCAGCAAGACAAUCACUGCAGAGAUACCAGAUGGACCUCCAGUUGUAGCUCAUUAUGAUAUAUCAGACACAAACUCAGACCCAGAAGUGGUAAAUGUGGACAAUCUCUUGGCGGCUGCAGUGGUGCAAGAGCACAAUAAUUCCUUAGGAAGUCAAGACCCGGGAUCUACCUGGAGAACCAGAGGGCUGCUAGAUGAGCUGGGUGCUGAUGCAGGUCAUUUGGAUCCAGGCUUCCUUGCAAGUGACAAACCCUCCCCUGGUAAUGCCCAGAUCAAUGAAGAAAUUAAUAUCACCUCUUCUGACAGCGAAGUAGAGAUCGUUGGAGUUCAGGAACAUGCCAGGUAUGUUCAUCCAAGGGGAGGAGUGAUCCAGAGCGUGUCUUCCUGGAAGCAUGGCUCAGGCUCACAGUACAUGAACGCUCAGCAAACACAAUCAUGGACAGCUGUGACUCCCCAGCAGAAUUGGUCUUCGCCCCCAGAAGUGGUAGACCUGACUUUGGAUGAGGAUACCCGACGCAAAUAUCUACUGUAAUGCCGUGUCACUGUGUUUCUGUCCCCAUCCCUUCUCCUUUUGUGGCACAGAAGUCAUAGCUUCAGCUUCAAAAGCCCUGUUCCUGGCAUUAUGAGACUCAAGCUCAUGAAGUUUUUUAUUUCCAUAAGAAUGCGGUAUAAUUUUAAUAUCGUUUUCAUUUUCUUUUUCUUGUUUUUGCCUUCUCGAAGGAGGAUUCUUCCCAGAAUUAAAAGCAGAUAGCUCCAAAUUUAAAACACGUCCACAUUUACUAAUUUGAGUGUUGAUUUGAAGAAACAGUUGUGUACAAAGUUGCGUCCUCCCACUCAUCCCCACCUCCAACUUCAGAACAUUUUUAAUUUAUCAGUAUAUUGAGUUUGUAAGUAGAAGUUAGUGUUUUGCUGUGUGAGCAUCAGUGGUUUUGAGAAAUGCUGUGCCCUCACUGAUUUCAGUGGAACUGGAGGUAUUCAGCACUCUGGAAAACUGGGCCAGGAGUAUUUAUACCCGAGGUGAUUCGGUUGUGUUUCCAGCAGGAGGGACUAUCUUUAAUACAAAAGGCCCAUAACGUAUGCACUGAACAGCUUCUAAUUAAAGGACUUUUAUUUUCAAUAUAAUUUAUAGUUUACACUCUUUUCAGUGCUGACUCUUCUGUCUACUUGACUACUGUGUUUCACUGAUCAUUUCCCACAGGUUGUUACGGUUUAAAGCAGCAGCAGUAGAAACUGUCUAGCAGCUGGUUAUUGCAGAAGCACAAGAACAUGACACGUAAUGAAAAGAACCAACGUCCAUCUGCUUUUCAAAUGUAUACAAACUUUUCCCCUAUUCCUGAGCCUUGCCUGAAGUAGGGGAAGGAGAGAAAGGAGACACACUUGCUCCUAGUCUUUAUUUCUGCUGUUGCUUAUUUGCUUCAUUGACCAUCUCAAAACAGGUGUGAAGCCCCAGUCUGGCACAGCACUUUAACAGAUGCAUAGACGCGCUAAUCUCUGACAGUUUGCUGAAAUUUGUGGGGCCACUGGGGAAGUGACAGAGUCCCCGUCCCCAGAGGUGCUCAAGAAACGUGUACAUCUGGCAGCUGGGGACUUGGUCAGUGGGCAUGGUGGGGGUGGGUUGGGGUUGGACUUGGGGAUCUUUGAGGUCUUCUCCAACCUAUGCCUCACGUGCUUCAGACUCUGUCCCAAAGGGCAUUGCUGGAUCAGGGCCUAAGGUUGCGGUCUUUUCUUUAACUAGAUUUGCACCUGCCUUCAGCUCACAUCUCUAACCCUCAUUUUGGAGUUGCUUUUCGGGUACAAUCCAGGAAACGCUUUGUUUGCUUGACCGAGAUGAGCGGAACUGCCUGCUUCAGUGGGCUCUGGUGUCGGCAGCACACGUGGAAAUUCUUGGCCCUAGUCCGUCAUUUUGAGCCUUUCUCCAGGCAAAAAAAAAAAACCAAAGAUUAGACUUAAACAGGAUGAAGUUCACUUUAAAUGUCUAUCGUGCAAUUAAAACAUCCCUUUGUAUUCAGAACGUUUCUAAUGGAAAUCCUGCACAGCCCCGUCAGCAGGUUUUUGCCUUUUUGGGGCUGAGCAGGGGGGGCAGUUGGAUCACGGGAAGUUACGUUUCCUUUUUUUGUUUGUUUGUUUCUUGUUUUUUAGAUUCAUUUGGCUUCCGCCCAUUAUUUCUCUGUGAGCCAAAAACAGAAAGCAAAAAAAAAAAAAAAAAAAAAAGAGACCGC